AGAGGUUACCUGACAAAUAUUCAACGUUGAUGGAUGAUAAUACACGAAACUCGAAGAAUAUAUACAUAACCCCAGCAAACUAACAAUAAAUUAAAAUAAAUAAAUUACACCUAUACAUACACAUAUACUUACAACCAAAUAACGACCUAACUUCCGCCGAGGCGAGCCCAGCAGCAUUUCCCAAUCAUUUAUACACGCAAUUUUGGUGUUAUCAGAUUUCAAAGAAACAACAAAGAAGAAGAUUUAAUUGAAUUAGAAUUGGAUCGUGAUUCGAAUGGAGCCUACGUCUUCUCAAACAAAGUCUACAGAAAUUGAUUGGGACAAGCUUGAUAAAACUAAGUUUUAUGUCGUAGGAGCUGGGAUCUUUUCUGGUCUUACGGUUGCUCUAUAUCCUAUCUCUGUUGUAAAGACUAGGCUGCAGAUUGUGACAAAGGAUUCUGUUGAGAGGAAUGCGUUCUCUGUUGUCAGAGGCCUUUUGAAAGCGGAAGGUGUUCCUGGUUUGUACAGAGGUUUUGGAACAGUAAUUACUGGUGCUGUGCCCGCCAGGAUUAUAUUUCUUACUGCAUUAGAGACAACAAAAGCAGCUGCGUUUAAGAUGGUUGAACCAUUCAAAGUAUCAGAACCUACUCAAGCAGCCAUUGCAAAUGGAGUAGCUGGCAUGACUGCAUCACUUUUUGCUCAGGCUGUAUUUGUUCCUAUUGACGUGGUUAGUCAAAGAUUGAUGGUCCAAGGUUACGCAGGUCACACAAGCUAUAAUGGAGGGCUGGAUGUUGCUCGCAAAAUUCUAAAAUCAGAUGGAAUUAGAGGAUUUUAUAGAGGUUUUGGUCUCUCAGUUAUGACAUAUUCCCCAUCUAGUGCUGUAUGGUGGGCAAGUUAUGGUUCAAGUCAACGUGUUAUCUGGAGGUUAUUAGGUCAUGGCACCGAGAGUGAAGAGCCCUCUCCGAGUGAGUCGACAUUAGUACUAGUCCAGGGUGCUGGAGGGAUUAUUGCUGGUGCUGCAGCAUCUUGCAUUACAACUCCACUGGAUACCAUCAAGACCCGGUUGCAGGUGAUGGGACAUGAAAAGAGACCCACUACAAGACAAGUAGUAAGAAGAUUGAUUGCUGAUGAUGGUUGGCAAGGAUUCUACAGAGGACUAGGUCCAAGGUUUUUUAGCAUGUCAGCAUGGGGAACCUCAAUGAUACUUGCCUAUGAAUUUCUAAAACGAUCUUGUACGAAAGAAUAAUGAACUCAUCAUCAGCAAUGAUGACAACAACCAUGUUAUUCUUUGUGCUUGCGAGAACGACUUUUCCCUCCAUAGAUAGAUUAAAGAAUUUGAGAAAGAUAGUAAAGAUCCCUGUAUCGGUAUGCACAGAUUAUAUUCAUCUCUAUUCUUAUAUAGAAUUGACGUCGGUGAAACAACAGUCAGGUAUUAAUUCGACUGCUGUGAUUCUGGAACACGUUCACCUACUGGUAACCCGUCAUAUAAUCAGUUAUCAUUCUUUUAGCUGGAUUCAGCAAUUCUUUUCUUGAUGUAGUAUGAUUACGUAAAGUUGUAAUAAAGAAUAGCAUUGAAUGAGUCAACUGACUUGUUCUCUUGUGCUUUCACCCAUACACACAAACCUGAUCAAAGUACAACAUGGUGAAACUUUUUAUCAAAAUAAUUUGUUGAUGUAUCA